GUGCCCCCCCCACCGCCACCAUGUCCAGCAAACGCGCCAAGGCCAAGACCACCAAGAAGCGCCCGCAGCGCGCCACCUCCAACGUCUUCGCCAUGUUCGACCAGUCCCAGAUCCAGGAGUUCAAGGAAGCCUUCAACAUGAUCGACCAGAACCGCGACGGCUUCAUCGACAAGGAGGACCUGCACGACAUGCUGGCUUCCCUCGGGAAGAACCCCACUGACGAGUACCUGGAGGGGAUGAUGAGCGAGGCGCCAGGGCCCAUCAACUUCACCAUGUUCCUCACCAUGUUUGGGGAGAAGCUGAAUGGCACCGACCCGGAGGACGUCAUCCGCAACGCCUUCGCCUGCUUCGAUGAGGAGGCAUCAGGCUUCAUUCACGAGGACCAUCUGCGCGAGCUGCUGACCACCAUGGGAGACAGGUUCACGGACGAGGAGGUGGAUGAGAUGUACCGCGAGGCGCCCAUCGACAAGAAGGGCAACUUCAACUACGUGGAGUUCACCCGCAUCCUGAAGCACGGGGCCAAGGACAAGGACGAUUAGAGCCUCACCUCUGCCCCCUCCUGCGCACACCCCCACUGCCCCUCGGCUCCCCUUUGCUGCCCCCCCAUGGGAAGCACCUCCCAGGACCAGCACCCUGCAUCAGGUCACGCUUGGAGGGGAAGCGCUCCCAUCACUGCACCCCUGUGUGCCCACCCAUCAGCCCUGGGCCCCCAGCACCAUUCCCACCCACAGGCUCGCUCCACUGGGACCCCCAGCCUGGCUGUGACCCCCCCUCAAAGCCACCGAGGUGCUGGUCCCUGGGGCUGGGAUGAGCAUCCGAGGCGAGCGCUGGCCUGUGGGGAUUCUGGCUGGCUCGAGCCUGAGCAAUCCCCAUCUCAGGACCAUAGCACAGAGAGAAACCACCUCUGCCCUCUCCUCCUGCACUCCCUUUCUUCAUGGUUCCUUCACUUUGUUUCCUCCUCCCUGUGUGUUUUAUGGCUUUAGAGCCUGCGAUCUGAGGGAUUCAGGAGGCCGAAGCGCUGUAUAAAACCUGAUGGGUGUGAUAUGGA